AAUCUGACAGUCAAGAUGCCACUAAAGCUGCAGCUUUGCUUCCUAGUCUUGUUUGUAAGGGGAUCCGUUGCAGUGCAACAUAUGACCGUGAUGGAGGGUGAGACUCUAACCAUUAAGUGUCGCAUUAGAAAUGCCCACAGGAGCCACGUGGAAUGGAAGAAUCCUAACGGGCAUGUGAUGUUUUUCAAUGACCAUAAGGCCCUGAGGGAUAAGCGCUACAAGAUAAUCAACUUGUCCGAGUCCGAUUUUUCAGUCAGUGUGUCUGAUGUCACCUUCAAAGAUGGAGGCCUCUACACAUGUUUACAUUACACAAAAGUGCCUGUAGUGAAGUCAGUUACCGUGACAGUUUUGGGUAUGCCAAAAUUGGAGAUAACAGAACACAAUGGAAAGACUACCAUCAAAUGUUCUGCAGUGGGAAAUAGCCAUCCUCCAAAAAUUUCAUGGCUUUUGGGGAGUGGGUUAGAAAUUGAUGCUCAGCCUCAGUCCCAGUAUCUUUUGGAAAAAAACACAUAUUCCUCCCUGGAUAUCUUGCAUGUUCAGUCCCACAAGAGGAGAGUCACAGUGAAAUGCAUCGUUCGCCAUCCAGCCUUACACAAUUCUUCUCUGAUGAAUUUUGUAAAAAUUGGACAGAAUCCCUCUGAGGAAUCACACUCCACUUCGAGAACCUCUCAUUGGCCAAGUACAGAAGGUCCAAAAACAGUCUCCCGUUGGCCUGGUACACAGGUGUCAACAGAAAAACCAACAGCUACAGCCUUAGAUUGGCCCAAUACAAAGCGUUCACCAGCAUCAACCCCUGACUCACAACUCAGCCCUCACAGUCAGCCAGCCCACUCAGUGUUUGAAGCUACAGGGUACACACUUGCUAAUGACAGCAGCAGCAACUUAACCAGUACUACCGAUUGGUCGUCAGUGUCCCAGACAACAGAGAACACACCUCAUAAUGGCACAAGAACCAACUCCACUAAUGCUAGAGGAAUCUUCGAUGAGACGGAGAGGCAGAGAGGAAAUGGAAGCAGUGCGCCGUUGCUCAUCUUCCUCGUGACGUGCCUCAUCCUUGGUCUGCUGGUGGUCGUUGUGUUCUUUGUAAUCAAGCUGAGGAGGGCUCACAUACUCUGGAAGAAAGAAAAUGAAGACUCUGAUCAAUCUGUGGAGAGCAGCAGAUCAAAAUCAAGCAAUGAAGAGAAACAAUCCAGAAGAAGGGGAAAUGGACUUUUUAACAUUGGAUUCACAAAGUAUGUCGUUGAGGAACCAAUGGCAACAGAGACGACAACAACAACAAACACCAAAACAGAAGAGGCUCCUGAAAUUCAAAUCAUCCCACAAACAGAUGGAGCAACCCUAAGCCCUCAGAUCAAGGAGACGGAACUGUAAAAAAUGUCAGUGUGUGUGUUUUAAUAUUGGGAAUUCACAUAGAGAAUUAAAAUCAUAAGCACCUAAAAUGUGACAAACAAUAUAUUUUUAUUGUAAUAUUGUUUUAAAACAUGUAACGUUACUGUGAUAUAGUGGAUAAUUAUGUGUGUACACAGGCUCAUAAGCUGCUAUUAUGUAUGAUAUAUAUAUUUUUAAAUCCAAGAAAAAAAAAUAUACAACAUAAGUAUGGAUUAUUCUGUGGAAGUAUCCCCCCACCUUGUUUAUAGUGUAUAUUCUCGUGUGUAUUUAUUUUAUUCUCUUGUGUACUUUUAUAUUACUUAGUACAACUGCAUUGUUGAGCUUGUAAGCAAGCAUUUCACUGUACUGUUUACACCUGCUGCAUCCUGCGCGUGUAACAAAUAAACUCUGUGUCACGACUUCCGCCGAAGUCGGGUCCUCUCCUUGUUCGGGCGGCGCUCGUCGGUCGGCGUCGCCGGUCUUCUAGCCAUCAUCGAUCCACUUUUCAUUUUCCAUGUGUUUUGUCUUGUUUUUCCUCACACCUUGUUUCAAUUUCCUCAAUUACUUGUUGUGUACUUAACCCUCUGUUCCCCCAUGUCUUUGUGUGGGUGUCACGCGGGACUAGGUGGGCGAAAGAACCAGACGCAGAGAGAGAGCCGCUUGGAAAAAAUAUUCCUUUUUACUCUUACACAAAAAUGAUAAGCCCGAACAUCCAGGGCGCAGCGAAACACUUGCCAACAACCCAAAACACACACACGUAAC